AUGACCUCGCGCAUCCCUCCUUCCGCGUCUGCAUCCGCUCGUCCUUCCCUCUCAGCCCGCCGGCUUUCCAGGCGCCUGUCGACAGUCUCUAGUAUUGAAUAUGGAGACAACGUUCCACCCGUUAAUCCCACGGAACAGACCAUCACAGAAGAGAUUGCUGAGAUAAAACGUUAUGAAGAUUUUACCACCAUCGAUUGGGUCCAAGAUGCUGCACAAGAACAGCUGCGCAGGAGAGCCAGGCGGAGAGAGAGCAGGUUCUUCGACAGAGACGGCGUCCUUGGAUGGCGCCGCAAGAUUUGGGAGGCUUAUGAUGCUGCCCAAGCAUGGAUUGUCAUCACACUCGUCGGCAUAGUCAUUGGCCUGAAUGCUGCUGCCGUCAACAUCGUCACGGAAUGGCUGUCCGACGUCAAAUUGGGCUAUUGCACGACCGCCUGGUAUCUCAACGAGGACUUCUGCUGCUAUGGGUCCGAGUCUGGUUGUGAUGAAUGGAAGAGAUGGACUUCGUUUACUGUGGCCAACUACUUCAUAUAUGCCAUCUUCGCCCUUCUCCUCGCAUUUGUGUCCGCAUUUCUCGUCAAAUCAUAUGCUCCAUAUGCUGCAGGAUCGGGCAUCUCAGAAAUCAAGUGCAUCAUAGCCGGCUUCAUCAUGAAAGGCUUUCUUGGCUUCUGGACUUUUCUUAUCAAAUCGAUCUGCCUGCCACUCGCCAUAGCCUCGGGUCUAUCGGUCGGCAAAGAGGGGCCCAGUGUUCACUAUGCCGUCUGUGUUGGCAACGUCAUUUCAAGAUUCUUCAGCAAGUAUAAGAAAAGUGCUUCCAAAACGAGAGAGAUUCUCACGGCCACAGCUGGUGCUGGAGUUGCUGUCGCUUUUGGGAGUCCUAUCGGUGGUGUCCUAUUCUCCCUCGAGGAGAUGGCUUCACAUUUCCCACUGAAGACGCUUUGGCGAAGCUACUUCUGUGCUCUCGUGGCUACAGCAGUUCUGAGCGCAGUCAACCCAUUCCGGACUGGCCAACUCGUUAUGUUCUCAGUCAAGUACGAUCGAGACUGGCACUUUUUCGAAAUUGUCUUCUACAUCAUUCUCGGUGUUUUUGGUGGACUUUACGGAGCCUUUGUCAUCAAGUACAAUCUUAUGGCUCAGUCUUUCCGAAAGAAAUAUCUUUCGAAAUACGCCAUCCCCGAGGCUGUGUUCUUGGCAGGUGCUACAGCCCUUCUAUGUUACCCGAAUAUGUUCCUCCGCAUCGACAUGACCGAGAUGAUGGGAAUGCUUUUCCGAGAGUGUGAAGGAGACAAUGAUUAUAAUGGCCUUUGUGAAGCCCAAAAUCGUUGGUCUCUUGUUGGUUCUUUGCUUAUUGCAACACUUCUCAGAGUUUUUCUCGUCAUCAUCUCAUAUGGCUGCAAAGUGCCCGCAGGUAUUUUCGUUCCCUCAAUGGCAAUCGGGGCUUCAUUUGGCCGAAUGCUAGGCAUCAUUGUGCAGUGGCUGUAUGAAAGAUUUCCCGAGUCACAAUUCUUUGCAUCUUGUCAACCAGAUGUACCCUGCAUCACCCCCGGCACAUAUGCAUUUCUCGGUGCCGGUGCGGCUUUGAGUGGAAUCAUGCAUUUGACGAUCUCUGUCACUGUCAUUAUGUUUGAAUUGACCGGUGCCCUGACAUAUAUUCUACCAACGAUGAUUGUGGUCGGUGUAACCAAGGCUACUGGGGACAGAUUCAGCAAUGCCGGUAUCGCAGAUCGAAUGAUUUGGUUCAAUGGCUUUCCCUUCCUCGAUAACAAGGAGGAACACUCCUUUGUCGUUCCUGUCUCACAGGUCAUGACAAGUCAACUCACGGUCCUUCCUGCAACUGGCAUGGAAGUCAAGGCUGUCCACAAGCUGUUGAACGAUACAGACUACUCUGGCUUUCCUAUUGUUGAGGAUACGGAUUCCAAAAUCCUAGUUGGAUACAUUGGAAGGACAGAACUUCAAUAUGCAAUCGACAGAGCCAAAAAGCAAGGUAUGCUUGCCUCGGAUGCUAAGUGUAGAUUCUUAUCCGAACGGGAAGAUGAGGCAGAAACUGCAGCUCCACUCAGUCCUGCAGUAACAUUUGAUUCCAUGGCGAUUCAAACCGCAGACUUCAGCUCAUUGGUUGAUUGUACUCCUAUAUCUGUCCAUCCACGACUACCACUUGAAACAGCCAUGGAACUGUUUAAGAAGAUGGGUCCUCGAGUCAUCUUAGUUGAUCAUCAUGGCCGACUUGAAGGACUUGUCACGGUCAAGGAUUGCUUGAAGUAUCAAUUCAAGGUUGAGGCACAAGAACACCAAGCUACGGCACUCAGAGAAGACAACGGAAAUCACGAGAGAAUAGUCGACAUCCUCCGCCGAUUAGGAGACGUCUUUGCAGACAAGCUCAACAACCUUUCGCGAGGAAGGUUGAAACUGGGCUCACGCCUCUCACACGGGGGCUGGUCGAGAGUGGCAGCAGGCGAUGGACAGGAAGACUUCGCCGACGACUACAAUAACGAGCAUGAGAUAUUAGAUGGGACAGAAGAUAUAACGGAACAGGGCGUCGAGAUGGACACUAGAUGA